UUCCUCCCUCUGGGGGCGGGCAGAGGCGGAGUUCGGUGCCGCAGCAUGCAAUCGGACCGCCUACAUUACAGGCCUGGUUGGGGGCAGACCUCCAGAGCCGCGAUCACCUGGAGCCAGCGGGCUGCCUUCGAACUGAGGCAGUUACCACCAAACCUAAGUGAGGGGGCACGGAAAGGGCCAGGGAGGGCGCCGGGGCGCUGGAGGAAGCUUCGCCGACGCCAGCUGGGGCUCCGCUCUCCAUGGGCGAGGUGGAGAUCUCGGCCCGGGCCUACGUGAAGAUGUGUCUGCACGCCGCCCGGUACCCGCACGCCGCGGUCAACGGGCUGUUACUGGCGCGGGCGCCGCAGUCGGGAGAAUGCCUGUGCCUCACCGACUGCGUGCCUCUGUUCCAUAGCCACCUGGCCCUGUCCGUCAUGUUGGAGGUCGCGCUCAACCAGGUGGACGUGUGGGGCGCGCAGACCGGUCUAGUAGUGGCUGGGUACUACCAUGCCAAUGCAGCUCUAGAUGACCAGAGCCCUGGGCCCCUGGCCUUGAAAAUCGCUGGGCGGAUUGCGGAGUUCUUCCCUGAUGCAGUACUUAUUAUGUUGGAUAAUCAGAAACUGGUGCUUCAGCCUCAUGUGCCCCCCGUCAUCGUCCUGGAGAACCAUGGCCUCCACUGGGUCCCCAAGGACAAGAACUUAGUCAUGUGGAGGGACUGGGAAGAGUCACGGCAGAUGGUGGGAGCACUACUGGAGGGCCGGGCUUACCAGCACCUUGUGGACUUUGACUGCCAUCUUGAUGACAUCCGACAGGACUGGACCAACCAGCAGCUCAACACCCGAAUCACCCAGUGGGUUGGUCCCACCAAUGGAAAUGCCUGAACCAGGGCCAGAGGAGGUGGUGUGUGUCAGGAUCCAAUAAAGAGACUUGAGCUGUUGGGUACCA